AUAGCACUUUAAAAACCAGGGAAGGGAGGGCGAUUGCUCUGGUUCUAGAGCUAUGCAGCUGGAGCACUGUCUUUCUCCUUCUAUCAUGCUCUCCAAGAAAUUUCUCAAUGUGAGCAGCAGUUACCCACAUUCAGGCGGAUCUGAGCUUGUCUUGCAUGAUCAUCCCAUUAUCUCGACCACUGACAACCUGGAGAGAAGUUCACCUUUGAAAAAAAUUACCAGGGGGAUGACGAAUCAGUCAGAUACAGACAAUUUUCCUGACUCCAAGGACUCACCAGGGGACGUCCAGAGAAGUAAACUCUCUCCUGUCUUGGACGGGGUCUCUGAGCUUCGUCACAGUUUCGAUGGAUCUGCUGCAGAUCGCUAUCUCCUCUCUCAGUCCAGCCAGCCCCAGUCCGCUGCCACUGCUCCCAGUACCAUGUUCCCUUACCCCAGCCAGCAUGGACCCGCGCACCCUGCCUUCUCUAUCGGCAGCCCCAGUCGCUACAUGGCACACCACCCCGUGAUCACCAAUGGAGCUUACAACAGCCUCUUGUCCAAUUCUUCGCCACAGGGCUAUCCAGCGGCGGGUUAUCCUUACCCUCAACAGUAUGGGCACUCUUACCAAGGAGCGCCUUUCUAUCAGUUCUCCUCUACUCAACCGGGACUGGUGCCCGGCAAAGCUCAGGUCUACUUGUGCAACAGACCACUCUGGCUGAAAUUUCAUCGACAUCAAACAGAGAUGAUCAUCACCAAACAGGGAAGGCGCAUGUUUCCUUUUUUAAGUUUUAACAUUUCUGGUCUGGAUCCCACGGCUCAUUACAAUAUUUUUGUGGAUGUAAUUUUGGCGGACCCCAAUCACUGGAGAUUUCAAGGAGGGAAAUGGGUUCCUUGCGGCAAAGCGGACACCAAUGUACAAGGAAACCGGGUCUAUAUGCAUCCCGAUUCCCCCAAUACAGGGGCUCAUUGGAUGCGCCAAGAAAUCUCUUUUGGGAAAUUAAAACUUACAAACAACAAAGGAGCUUCAAACAACAAUGGCCAGAUGGUGGUUUUACAGUCUUUGCACAAGUACCAGCCCCGCUUGCAUGUGGUGGAAGUGAACGAAGAUGGUACUGAGGAUACCAACCAGCCAGGGAGGGUCCAGACUUUCACCUUCCCGGAGACACAGUUCAUAGCGGUCACCGCCUACCAAAACACAGAUAUUACGCAAUUGAAAAUAGAUCACAACCCCUUCGCAAAGGGCUUUCGGGAUAACUAUGACACGAUCUACACGGGCUGCGAUAUGGACCGCCUGACUCCUUCGCCCAACGACUCUCCCCGCUCGCAGAUAGUGCCGGGGGCCCGUUAUGCAAUGGCCGGCUCCUUCCUUCAGGACCAGUUCGUAAGCAACUACGCCAAGGCGCGCUUCCACCCGGGGGCCGGGGCCGGCCCAGGCCCAGGCACAGACCGCAGCGUGCCGCACACCAAUGGGCUCCUGUCGCCCCAGCAGGCCGAGGACCCUGGGGCCCCGUCACCCCAGCGCUGGUUCGUCACGCCAGCCAACAACCGGCUGGACUUCGCCGCCUCGGCCUACGACACGGCCACUGACUUCGCAGGCAACGCGGCCACCUUGCUCUCAUAUGCCGCAGCGGGCGUCAAGGCUCUCCCGCUUCAGGCUGCAGGCUGCACUGGCCGGCCCCUGGGCUACUACGCAGACCCGUCGGGCUGGGGGGCCCGCAGCCCUCCGCAGUACUGCAGUAAGUCCAGCUCCAUGCUUUCGUGUUGGCCCAACAGUGCAGCGGCCGCCGCUCGCAUGGCCAGCAGCAACCCCUACCUAGGCGAGGAGGCGGAGAGCCUGGCUACUGAGCGCUCCCCUUUGCCCCCGGGUUCCGAGGACUCCAAGCCCAAAGACUUAUCCGACUCCAGCUGGAUCGAAACCCCUUCGUCCAUUAAGUCCAUCGACUCCACUGAUUCUGGGAUUUACGAGCAGGCCAAGAGGAGGCGUAUCUCGCCGUCUGACACGCCCGUGUCCGAGAGCUCCUCUCCCCUCAAGAGCGAAGUGUUGACCCAAAGGGACUGUGAGAAGAACUGCGCCAAGGACAUAGGCUACUACGGCUUCUACUCUCACAGCUAGACUUGCCACCCAGCAGCACCGCCUAGGCCCCGCUACAGCCCCAAGACUCCCUUUCAUCUCCCCCCAAGGCCAGACCCCGACACAACUUUCUUCUUCCCUUUCCUCUUCCACUCACUACAACCCCACCUUCCGCAUCUCGUGCAUUUUCUUUGGGCCCUACCAUUGCCGUCUUAAGUGAAUAAAUACAGGUCUCCGAGUGUGUUUUUAACCUUUUUUUUUCUUCCCACAGCAACCUCUGCAGUUAGCAUACUGAUUUUCAAAAUUAGUUGUAAACCUUUUGCCCCUUUAAAUGUCCCUGUCUUUCUUCCCUUCCAAGAAGUUGUUCUUAUCGAAGUCUCUACCCUGCCUUCUCUUCUCUCCCCUUCUUUGGCCCACUACUUGUUUCCGCCCUUUUACUUGUAAUGAAAUCCUUCACCUUUGGGAGAUCUGGACAGUCCUUGGUUUUGCCAGGCAAAAGCCAAGCAAGUGCUAUAGGAAUGCAGCAAUUCCAAUCCUUUCCACGCCUUUCCCCACCCUUACCCUCAUUAAUAAGUAGGACGCCUGACUCUAGAACCUGGAGCCCAUACAGCGCCUCCUUCCUUAUCCAUGAAUGGAUGGAUGGAUGGUAGGGAUGUUAAUAAUUUUAGUGGAACAAAGCCUGUGAAAUGUCUGUACAUAGUGUUAAUUUAUUGUAACGAAUGGCUAGUUUUUAUUCUUAUUGUGAAGGCACAAAACCAGUUCAUGCUUAACUUUAUUUAUUUAUUUUCCUUGAGAGAUGGUUAACUAUAUUCUAGAGGCUCUGGUAAUGUAAAAAGACCAAGAACUAUGGCAAUGAGUAAUGGGUUUCUCACUUCUCUGCAAUCCCUCGCAUGGAAUAAUUUAUUCUGUGCCCCUUAAGUGCACACAGCUAAGGAGUGCCUACUCACCCUAACUCCUAUAAAGAAUGCGAAUCUGUUUUAUAGGAAAGUUAAUUAAAUGGCAUGAUGCCUCCAAAAAAGCAAAGUUAACUGAAUUUGUAAGUUUUUUUUCCACUUCCUAAAUCGAAUAGCUCGACAUCAGCAAUAUUAUUUUGCCUUAUUUGUUUUUCCCAAAGUGCCAAAUCCAUUACUGGUCUGUGCAGGUGCCAAAUAUGCUGACAAACUGUUUCCGAAUUUCUCUUCAGUUUUCUCCCUCUUUAUAUGCUGUAAAUCUUUGUAAUGAAUACUCUAAAAUGAUAUAGAUGAUUGAAUUGUUGGUAACUAUAGUGUAGUCCAGUGAAGAUGAAUCGUGUGAGUUGUAUAUUUUACUGCAUUUUAGUUUUGAAAAUGAUUUUUCCCUCUAACCUAGAAAACAGCUGAAAUCUGACUUCCUUGGAAAAACACUAGCAUUGGUGCGAGUAAGACUGAUUUUUUUUUCCUCUUGUAAGUCUUGUUACAUUUGACAAGGAACAUUAAUCCCCCUGGAAGUAGAUUAGUAGGAUUUCGAAUGUUGUGUAGCAAACUUAUACAAUUUUUUUGGUAUUUUAAAUUAUUACGUGAAAUAUGCAUAAUAAUACACAAUAUUCAAUCUAGAUUCCAGUCCAUGGGGGGGGAUUUUCCUAAUAGCAAUUCAGGGUCUAAACGUGUGUAUAUUUUUGACUCUUCUGUAAAUCUAAUGUUGUGAUUUUUAUAUUUGUUAUGUUUUGUCUGUGAACUGAAUAAUUUAUACAAGUACAAGCUCCACUGAGAAAUGUUUUGUUUUUGCUCGUUUGUAUCGUCUGUGUAUAACAAGUAAAAAUAAAUCUGCUAAAACUUUAACAUGGUGUUUUAAAGCAGCUU